AUGUCUGUUCGCCAGCACUCGCGGUCAGUGGGUUCAUCUCUUCAAGUUCCCCCUACUAUAAGAGUGACAAAUAUGCAGUCACCGGAUGACACGAGUCAACCUCAUGUAUUUACAGUCUCUGAUGCCUUCCUCUCUCCUGCAACCAGUUGUCUGGAAUUAAAAACAGAUCCAGAAACAUUGUGCACCAGUCCAUGUAACCAUCUGGCUCCAGGUCGGUAUCGAAAUAAAAUAACUUUGUCAUCAAAACCAAACAUGAAAAAUACGCUUACUACCUUUGACCCGUCAAAUAUUAAUGAUUCAAACUCGGUGCUAUCAGUUUGUAAUUCUUUGUCAUUACCAAAUCGGGAUGGUUUGUCAUCGCACUGUAUCAGCUCUCAUAAAGACUUUCAAUUUUCAGCAAAUGAGACUACAGCUUCUGAGAGUUUAGGGUAUCAACCUCACCAAUCAGGAAAUCCUAUAUUCCCAGGCUCUUUACAAUCCUGUCAAACUUCUGACCAGUUUGUCUCCAUGAAAUCAGCGAGUACUGAUUCGUGUAAAUCUCUCAGAAAUAGCGUUAUCAAGGUCAAGAAUGUUUCUUUGCUAAAAGCAGCUCGUGAACAAAAUUCACCUCAACCUUUGUGCUUAAAUAGUGAUGCUAUUUCGAUCACAACAUCGGUCUCGGACAAUAUUUCACCAUCAUCUACUCCUAAAGGUAAUAAAACAAACUUAGCUAAAAAAAAUCUGUUUACCGACCAAGCAACAAUGUCUUGCAGAAAUUCAAGCUUAACGAGGCACUGUGAAUUAGAAAACGAGCAACAUAUUAAACUUAUACCUCCGCUUCUUAUAGAACGAUCCCAUUCAAAUGAAAACAGCAUUUACCAAGAAAUUUGUCUUGGUGCAAAAAAUAAUUGUGAACGAGGAAAGAGAAAAAUGGAAACUCAAACUGCUAAACGCGCUGGCUAUAUCAUUGCCUCUUUUGUUCUACUGUGGCUGCCUCAACCACUGACAACGUUUCUGGAAAACAGCGUUUUCACCGAUGUAGCUCAUGCUCACAACAUCCAGAUGUUCACCGUAUCAGUUGCUACGUUCUCGGCCGCAAUGAACCCAAUUGUCUACGGACUGGCUAUCAAACAGUUCCGGGCUACAUUUAUUACAAUGGUACUGAAUCAGUGGCGAAGAUGGAAACAAAGGUGGCUUUGGUGA